GCCGUGUUCACGGACUUGGAGAUUCUUGCUGCUCUCUUCGCGGCUGCCAUCCAUGACGUGGACCACCCUGGGGUCUCCAACCAGUUCCUCAUCAACACCAAUUCAGAGCUGGCGCUCAUGUACAACGAUGAAUCGGUGCUGGAGAACCACCACCUGGCCGUGGGCUUCAAGCUGCUGCAGGAAGACAACUGUGACAUCUUCCAGAACCUCAGCAAGCGCCAGCGGCAGAGCCUGCGCAAGAUGGUCAUCGACAUGGUGCUGGCCACGGACAUGUCAAAGCACAUGACCCUCCUGGCUGACCUGAAGACCAUGGUGGAGACCAAGAAAGUGACCAGCUCGGGGGUCCUCUUGUUGGAUAACUAUUCCGACCGCAUCCAGGUCCUGAGGAACAUGGUGCACUGCGCAGACCUCAGCAACCCCACCAAGCCGCUGGAGCUGUACCGCCAGUGGACCGAUCGCAUCAUGGCUGAGUUCUUCCAGCAGGGCGACCGUGAACGCGAGCGUGGCAUGGAGAUCAGCCCCAUGUGCGACAAGCACACGGCCUCGGUGGAGAAGUCUCAGGUGGGUUUCAUUGACUAUAUUGUACAUCCGCUGUGGGAGACAUGGGCUGACUUGGUCCACCCAGAUGCCCAAGAUAUCCUGGACACACUGGAGGACAACCGGGACUGGUACUACAGUGCCAUCCGACAGAGCCCAUCGCCACCACCCGAGGAGGAGCCUGGGGGACCAGGCCACCCUCCCCCACCAGAUAAGUUCCAAUUUGAACUGACGCUGGAGGAGGAAGAGGAGGAGGAGUUGUCCACCGCCCCGGGUAAAAUUGGAGUGCAGGAAUUGUCCACAGCCCAGGAUGCAUCCCCCGCUGAGGACCCGUUGGAGGUGGAUGGCCAGUACCGGUCUACAGAGGUGGAGGUAGAGGAAAUGUACUUGACACAGCAAAAAGACUCGGCAGAUAGUGUGGCUCCAGGCCAGGACGAGUCCGCGUCCCCAGAUGCAUCUGUGGAUGCUGUAGGCUGCAGCCUUCUCCCUGCCCUGUCUCCUGAGGGCCCCCCUCUGCCUGCCUUGAGGACCCCGCCCCCUGCAGAGGAGGACCCGGGCCUUCUGGGCCUCCCCUCCAUGGCGGCCGAGGUGGGGGCCCAAAAAGAGCAUCAGGCUGCCAAGAGGGCAUGCUGUGCCUGCACAGGGACAUCCAGCGAGGACCCACCCACACUCCCAACUCCUGGAGGGUGGGGGUCAGCUGGAGACCUUACCUGAGCCUCAGCCCCUGCACCCUGUUGCCCUCCCUGCCUCCCGCCACCACCAUCACCCCCCGACCUUGUCCACUGCCUCAAAGACUCUUGGGCCUCCUGAGAAAAAAGAAAACAGAAAAGUGGGUUUUUUUCUCUUUUCUUUUUUUCCCCUUUCUCCCCACCCCCACCCACGGGGCCUCUUUUUGGAGGUGGGGGCUGGGGAACAGGGGGCUGAGGUCCCGGAAGGGAUUUUAUUUUUGGAAUUUUAAUUGUUACAUUUUUAGAAAAAGAAAAAAAAAAAAAGAAAAAAAAAAACAGGAUGAAACACAGCAACUGUAGAUGCUCCUGUUCCCGGCUCCCCUGGUCCAUCUCCAACCCCCUAGCCUGUCCCCCAGGUUCCAGGCUCAGUCUUCCGGCCUCUUCAGGCUCUUUGCCUGGUAUAGGGUCUCGCUCCAGGCUUUUCUUCUGAAUUUUGGAGGGUCUCUAGAACCCAGCCAGAAAUAGCCAUUCAGGGUGGGGCCCCAGGGGCGGGGAGGGGGGCGCACUGUGGGGGACCCUGCUCCAGCCCCUCUCUGGCUCGUCGCCCUCACCCCAGAAGUCUUCCGCCUCAUUUUGCACAAACCUGGCAAUAUUGACUUGGGGUCAGGCAGUGGGGAGCUGUGGGCUUUAGGAUGCAGGGGUUGGGUGUGCAAGGGACAUUCACACCACCAAACUGGGAUCUGAGGUCUGAGGAGGGCCUGAUCCUCCCUCCACUUGCCACCCGCUUCCCCUUCCACCUUAGUUUCCGUUUGAAUUUUCUCUGUUUUGGGGGAUUGGCUUGGAGCCUUGCCCCUCGUUUCAGCUGCUUCUCCUCUUGUUUCUGCCUUAACGAUUCCCAUGGCCAUAGGAGAGGGGGUUGCAGUGGCUCCCCCCUGCACCUUGGGUGAGGUGGGGCCAGGCCCAGAGCCCUCAACCUGGGCACCCUCCUCCUCAGCAUCUUCCUGCCCUCUCCCCAACCCUUUGCCCUAGGAGGAAGCAAUAACAGCGUACACCCACAUCCCCUUUCUGGGCAGCCCUUCCCACCCUGACGCCAAAGUCAUUUCUCCUUUGCCCCGACCUUGCCAAGCCUCUCCCUCUUCCCCUAGCCGUUCCCUGAGCAAUACAACAGACAGAGGCAAGGCCAUUUUUCUCCAAGCCAUGGGGGACUGUUUGGAAGGAAAGGCCCCCUCUUCCCGCUCCUCUCUGCCCCUGGACCUGGUUCUGCAGCUGGGCAGGCCAGGCCCCCCCCCUCUCAUUUCUCUCCCCUCCAAUUCUGAGCACACGGUACUGUAGCCCCCAGCUUCCCCCAACCUUCCAUUUGUCUGUCCGUCCCAGUGGGGAGUUCCACCUGCUCCCACCCCCAUGAUGCUGUAACAGGGUUCAUUUUUGUAGCGAAAGUAGUUUCAGUCCCAGCCGGUGACCGGAGUGGGCCUUUUUUUUGGUUUUUCUUCCUUCUUUAUUCUUCUUUUUUUUUUUUUUUUUUUGUACAUACUGUAAGGUUGGUUUGUAAAUUAUUCUACAGAGGCAAAAAGGGAAAAUAAACUUACCCUUCCUCCACUGACUCAGUCAGGGGAAGGCGGGGUGGGGGUCUCCUGGAGGGAGUCUCCAUUCUGGCUGUAUUAUACAAAACUGUACCAUAGACCCUGGAAGUGUGGACUCAGCACUGUUGUUUAAUGAGGAGUCUUGUCAUCAUAGUGGGUGAGGGCUGGGCAGAGCCUACCCCUCCCCCUGCCCCAGGGCUGGACCUGAUUGGCAACUGGGGAUAGGGGACCAGGGGAGGUUGCAGGACCCCUGUGAGCUGCUUGAGUGUUGUCCACUUUGACGAUCAGUCGGUCUGCUGAUCGAUAAUCAAUCCUUUGAUGUUGUCUCCAAUUAAACCGAGGCUUUCACCAA